CAGGAUCCUUGUCGCUCAUUGUUGCUUUGACCAGACCUACCUGUGACUCUGCCGCGCCCACCUUUCUCAACCUCAACAUCAAACAUCUCUGACCAUGCCGGGCCUCACCAUCACCACGGACGUCAGUCCCUCCCCUGCGACGGCAGAGGCCGCCACACAAACGCCUCUGCGUCGUCGCCCGUCAGCCUCAUCGCGACCGGCAUCGCCAUCUCGCCCCUCCGUGAGUCCCAUCACUCCGACCCAUGAAUCCGCAGAGUUUCCGGCCGCCCAUUCCACCCACCCCGCCCCGACAGCGAUACCAGACUUUGCAUCCGGCCGACCGAUGUUCACACACGCAAACCAGGUUGACCAGGUUGGCGUCGCCCCCCCGCCAGCGCAGCCCAUCGACUUCGAGUCAAACCCAGACGUGCUCGCCCUCAAAAGCGCCAUCUCGAUCCUGCAAAUCCAGCGGGCCCGUGCGGCUGCCGACAUCCAGUCAUUAGGCCGCGCUCGGGAUGCCGCCCUCGCUAACCCAGAGGCGUUCACCGCCGACCUCGCAAGCGGCAGCGUACGGAUGGAAGGAGACCCCCUCCUGUCAGGGACGCGAGGGUCAUCAGGCGGGGUUCUUGCAGAGGAGGACGAUUCCGACUCGGAUUCCGACUCGGAAUCCGGCGCCGGAAGCAGCACCCGGCAGGAAGUGACGCCCGAAUCCGAAACCAAGACCGACAACAACAACAACAACAACAACAACCGCACAGCCCCCACGAACGGCACCGAAGCAGCAGCAGCAGCAGCAGCAGCACCAGCCUGGCAGAAACUGCCCAAACCCCAGACCGUCGUGCGCUGCCCGCCCGUCAACUGGGCGCAGUACGGCGUGGUGGGCGAGUCGCUCGACAAGCUGCACGCCGAGCAGGUGGCGGCGCCGACGCCCGGCGCGCCGAAGGUGCUGGGCCAGGGCGGGGCCUACGAGUUCAAGGCCGGGGCCGGGGUCGGGGCCGGGGCCGGCAACAACCAGGGUACCAGUAGCGGCAGUGGUGGUGGUGGUGGUGGUGGUGGUGGUGGGGAGCCGUCACGGCGGCUGGUCGGGGUUGCGGCGCCGUAUAGUCCGAUGAGGGAUAAGUUGGAGAAGAAGGGGCGGGGUGGGAAGCGGUGAAUUUUCAGUUCUGGAGGUGGUGGUGGUGGUGUCUUGGGCCGUUUUUGAGCGGUUAUAUAUGGGAUGAGAUGGGAUGAUAUGUGGUGUGUAACGAGCGAGGGAUCAAGCAUGGA